AUGGCUUCAUCGGAAGCUAUUCAAGAAGCAGUGUGUCUCAAGGCCUUCAUGCGCAAGCUUGGUAAAAAAGCAGGAAACGGCGCGAUGAAGGUAUUUAAAGACAAACAAGGAGCGAUAGCGUUGGUCAAGAAUUCAGGUUUGCACAAGCGCACCAAGCAAAUCGACAUCCUCUACCACUUUGUGCGCGAGAAGGUUGAGGAUGGUCAAGUCAAGCUGGAGUAUCGCCCCACGCAAGACAUGCUAGCAGAUUGCAUGACCAAGACAAUCUCCACCGGGCAAUUCGACGCUUUGCGCACACGACUGUGUAUUCAGGUUGCUGCCAAGACGAGUGGGAGUGUUGUUGAAGAUGCGUCUCUUCUAGCGAGCGACAAACGAAAGGUACAUCAUGGUGAUUAG